AUGUCAAAUUCAGAAUACUACGGAGGCGGCCAUCAACAAGGAGGCAGCUACGGACAUCAACAUCAAGGCUAUGGCCAACAUCACUCCCAAAAUCACUCCCCGUAUCCUCCCCAACCCAACUAUGCUCAGCCCCAGCACUCCCCAUACCCUCCUCAACCCAACUAUGCCACUCCCCCUCCUCAUCACCAAGGCUACGCCGCUUCUCAUUCGCCGUACCCGGCUCAGGGUCAUGCGCAAUACCCCGCCCACUCCCCGGCACCAGGAGGAGGUUCGGCCUACGCCGGCUCGCACGCCCCCCAACCUCCGUACGCCGACACCCGCCAGCAGGGACCACAGUACCCCGGCUCGCACGCGCAGCCGACCGGACCGAACGGAGGUGAGCGUGGUCUCGGUGCGACCCUGAUCGGCAGCACGGGCGGGGGCUACCUCGCGCACAAGGCCGGCGGCGGGGUCCUGGGCACGCUCGUCGGCGGCAUCGCCGGCGCCGUCGGGGCCAACAUGCUGGACAGCAAGCACAAGAAGAAGAAGAAGGAGAAGAAGCAGAAGAAGCUGGCCGCGGGGGGCAUGCUGUUCCCGGGGGGCCACGGCCAUCACGGCCGGUCCCGGAGUCGCGGCGGGGGGAGCUCGAGCUCGAGCGAUAGCGAUUAG